AUGUUGCACGAGCUUCUGCUAGCCUUACUGGGCUACACCGGCGACUUAAUCGUCGACCGGCGGGACCACCUCACCGCCGAAACCCCCAUCUCCGACGAAUGCACUUUCAAGCUCGCGCCCGACAUAUCUUUUAUCGACCCAAGCGACAGGGAACUUAUUGAGAGGAUCAUUGUGUUGGGGUUUUAUUAUAGGGAGAUGGAGCGAUUUUCAGCCAAGUGUAGGAAUUUAAGUUGGAUAAGGUCUGUUAAUGCGAACCCUUUGGAGAAAAAGGAGAAGGGAAGUGUGUACCGUAGGGCCCUAGCCAAUGGCAUUGUUGAAGUGCUCUCAGUUUAUAGGUCUGCGGUUCUGCAUAUUGAGCAGAAGUUGUUGUCUGAAACCAUGCCUAUCUUGGCAACAGUUACUCAGGGACUUAACAAGUUUUUUUGCCUUUUGCCUCCUCUGUACGAACUCAUCCUAGAGAUUGAGCGUGAUGAUAUUCGUGGAGGUCAACUUCUUAUUCUUCUACAUAAGAGAUGCCACUGUGGAGUGCCAGAAUUACAGACUUGCAUGCAAAGGUAUGCGGUUCUUUUGACGCAUAGUAUUCUUGGUACGUUGAGAUGCAGGCUUCUUUGGCAUGGACAUCAGGUCAUGUAUAACCAGCUUGCAUCAUGGAUGGUUUAUGGGAUUCUUCAAGACCAAUAUGGAGAGUUUUUCAUUAGGAGGCAAGAAGACAGAGACGUAGAAAACAGCUCAUCUCAACGGGAUAUCUCUGAAAAGUUGGCACGCAUGUCAACUGAUGAUGCAUCUUUGUCUGAUUGGCACUCGGGGUUUCAUAUUUCUUUGGAUAUGCUGCCAGAGUAUAUACCUAUGCGGGUUGCUGAAUCAAUUCUUUUUGCUGGCAAAGCUGUUAGGGUUUUACGAAAUCCAAGUCCUUCCUUCCAGUCUGGGGAUGCUAUGCAUCCUCAACUGCCUAAAAGUUUUCAGAAAAUACAUGGAUUAGCAGGGCGUUUUCAUUUUCAUAGGGAACCUGCAAUUAAUAUGGGAAUAGGAGAUGAUCUGCUUCCUCAAUCUGAGACAGAUAAGAUUGAAGCAAUGCUUCUGAACCUAAAGGAAUCAUCUGAAUUUCAUAAAAGAUCAUUUGAAUGUGCUGUGGACUCUGUUCAGACUAUUGCAGCCAGUCAUCUCUGGCAGCUUGUGGUUGUACGUGCUGACUUGAAUGGCCACCUGAAGGCAUUAAAAGACUAUUUUCUUUUGGCAAAAGGAGAUUUCUUCCAGUGUUUCCUUGAGGAAAGUCGUCAGUUAAUGCGGUUGCCACCACGCCAGUCAACAGCUGAAGCUGAUCUGACAGUCCCAUUUCAGCUGGCUGCAUUAAAAACUAUUGGUGAAGAAGACAAAUAUUUCUCUAAAGUGUCCUUGCGGAUGCCAUCUUUUGGAAUCACAGUUAAACCUUCCCUAAUAGAUUUACCAAAGCCAACCUCUUCUGUAGAUGGUAGUGCUGGUGCUUCACUUUCAAAUGCUUUAUCAGAAGUGUCAGUAGAUGGUUGGGAUGGUAUUGCACUUGAGUAUUCUGUUGAUUGGCCUUUGCAUUUGUUCUUUACACAAGAAGUCCUCUCUAAGUACCUCAGAAUAUUCCAAUACUUACUGCGGCUCAAACGAACACAAAUGGAGUUGGAGAAACUAUGGGCAUCUGUAAUGCACCAAUAUCAUAGUGAUUUUCCCAAACACCGAAAUGAUCAAGAGAAGUGCACAAAAACACAGCAGAAGCAACAGAAAUUUCGACCAAUGUGGCGUGUUAGAGAACAUAUGGCAUUCUUGAUCAGAAAUCUCCAAUUUUAUAUUCAGGUUGAUGUGAUAGAGUCUCAGUGGAAUAUUUUACAAUCUCAUAUUCAAGAGUCUCAUGAUUUUACAGAACUUGUCGGCUUUCAUCAAGAGUAUCUGUCAGCCUUGAUUUCACAAACUUUCUUGGACAUUGGUUCUGUGUCGAGGAUACUGGAUAGUAUCAUGAAGCUUUGUCUGCAAUUUUGCUGGAAUAUUGAGAACCAAGAUAACUGUUCAAAUACUUCUGAACUUGAACAUAUAGCUGAGGAAUUCAACAAGAAAUCAAAUUCCUUGUAUACUAUACUGCGCAGCAGCAGACUUGCUGGAAGUCAGCGAGCCCCGUUUUUGAGACGGUUUCUCUUGCGCUUAAAUCUGAAUUCCUUCUUUGAGGCCACUGCAAGGGGGGUUCUGAAUGUUGUCAGGCCACGCCCUACAAUUCCUGCUCUAAACCAACAAUAG